AUGGCGGUGGCUGUGGCGCUGGUGGUGCUGGUGGGCGUGGUGGGCAUGGCGGGCGUGGCGAGGGCCGCCGAGUCGGUUGCGCAGGCGCAGAAUGACCGACGAGGCGAUGACGGGAGGGCAGCGGCGAGUGGCGGUGCGGUGGAUGCGUUCAAUCUGCGUGAUGUGGUACAGAUCAAGUUUGUGGAGGGUAAGCAGACGGUUGCGGCUCGGCAUCCGCCGGAUGUGGAGAUGCAGUGUGUGGGCGGGACGUCCGGCUGCGCCGUGGGCCUGCGUCCGACUUGGGCGCUCUGCACCAACAUCGGCUUUGACGGACGCGAUGUCCGCUGGGAGUGCGAGAGUGAUGUGCCCGAGACUGCGACUAUUGUCGAUACGCUGGUCCUCUGCGAGGGCUACACCGCCGACAACGACCUGCUCUCGCUGAUGGGCUCGUGCUCGCUCAAGUACAUCCUCGACUCGGAGUGGACGCCGCAGCCGGUGGUGCUGUCCGAGACGGCGUCGCUCAAGCUCUCUUCUCACGCCACGGCCUCAUCGCUUCACUCGCGGCGUCGCAAGCAGAUGAUCUACGUCGGCUCGGACGCUACUGUCACUCCCGACGCGCUGCCGACAAGCAUCGAGUGCUUCAACACCGGGUUCAACGCCGACGGCUCGAUCCGCUGGCGCUGCCAGGCCGCACUCAACCCGAACCUCAACCUCGGCGCGACGCUCAUCUCGUGCGAGCCGUUCCCUGGCGACGAGAGCCGAAAGAUGGUCAUCGACGGCUCGUGCGUCAUCCAGUACGAUGUGAUCAAGGAGACGUCCGACGAGGAGGCUUCGCUCCCGUUCAACUGGGAGCCGUUCACCGUCGAGGCCGGGACGUACAUUGACCUCCCGCACAUCACAACCGGCCCGGUCCAUAUGCUUGCCUGCAACGAGCCAUGCCUCCUCGACGCCGACGAUCCGGCGCUCCCGGUCUCGGCCACGUGCGCGUUUAACGAGUUCCGCGAGCUGCAGUGCGAGAUGACGCCCGAGCUGGCUGCGCACACACCGCCGCUGAUCCCCGGCUCGUGCUGCGUCAACUACACGCUCGUGACGCUCGCCCAUCACGAGGCUGCGACCGCCGCCGCCGCCGCUGCUGCCGCCAACGCAGCGCAGCUCGAGGCCGUCACUGUCUUGCUCCUUCCACCGGAGGAGCGCCAGCCGGUCUCAGACACGGCCUCGUUUGUCGCCGACGAUGUUGACGCCGACGAAGAUGGCGAAUACGCUGAGCUUGCCGAGCCCGAGCCUUUUGAUCCGAUGCAGUCGCCGGUAGUUCUUGCCGCCGGCGUGGUCGCCCUCGCCCUCGUCGCGUACGUCUACCUCCAGAAUCCUGCUACUGGAAGCGGUGCAUCUGGCUCGGCCUCGGGUGCAGCCGCCACUGCCGCUACCGCCGCCACCGCCGCCACCACGCCGGCAUCCGGGUACACGGUGCCCAUUCCCGACUCCAUCAUCCGGCUGGUCGACGACGGCCUGCUCUCCUGGGACUCGAUCGAGGACGCCCUGACGUCAACCUUCCAAGCUCUGGCUGACGCUUCAUGGGCACGUGCCCUUCUCUCGCGACAUGUCGAGCUCCUUGCCUCGCUUGCUGCACACAUCCCGGCUUCCGCUCGCUCUGCGCGCCCUGCUGCCCCGGGCGACGAUGCGGCUCCAGCCGAUGCGAGUGCCAUCAUCGACGGCCUCGUCGCCAUCUGGCUCGAGCACGCUGCGAGACUUGAUGCUCUGCCGCGGACAGACAUGGCGCUGCUGGUGGCCGAGGUGGUGGGCCUGGCGGCCGCCGCGGCGCGGACUGCUCCGCUGCACGAUGACGUCUCACCAAACGACUGGGCCCGCCAUGUGGGCAUCCUCGUCCAUGCGCUAAUGGACAUUCUGUUUGAUGGUGCGGUCUCGCUUGUCGGGCCUGGGCCUGGCGCUGAGGCGCCCGAUGGUGCCCUCCCGCCGCUUGUGACUCACGGUAUCGUCUCGUCGGUCUCCCGCGGCGAUGGCGUCGCCCCGUGUCUCGUUGCCAUUGGACCCGGCGAGUCGCACGCUGCUGCCGCCGCUCUCGUCGACGCCCUUGCUGCUGUAUCGCCUUCGCUAUCCGAUAGUUAUGUCGAUGCGCCCAUCCUCGCCUUUGCUGUCUCUGCCACCGGCGCCAUCGCCGGUUCGGCCCCGCUCCCAGCUGACCAGGAGCCGUCGUCAACAAACGCAUAGCCUCAC